ACGCUCUACCUUUGGCAGGACUUUAUCUAGCAGCCUCUUGUGCGCUUGUGCCAUUCAAACAGAGCAGCUAGCUACCGCGCCGGGGACUUCACAAAUACCUUACCUCCAAGACUAGUCAGUUUUAGCUUUUAUUAAUGUUGAGCAGCUGUCAAAAGGGCGCAACAAAGAUGUCCAAAGACACGGAAGGAAAGAGCGAGAAAAUUAUGGAUAUGGACAGCAAGGUGUUGUGGUACCCGGACUCUAAGAGGAACACAAAGAUGGACAAAUUCAGGAUACAGGUCAACUCGGACUACGGGCUUAAUCUGGUUAACUACAGUGACCUUUACCAGUGGUCGGUGGACAAUUACCCAGAAUUCUGGACAGAAGUGUGGCGUUUCUGUGGAGUAGUCAGCUCCAAACCAUACGAGGAGGUGGUGGAUGCAUCCAAGCCAAUCUCAGAUGUUCCUGAGUGGUUUAAAGGAGCUCGACUCAACUACGCUGAGAAUUUGCUUAAACACACAGACCAGGACAAGGUGGCUCUGUAUGCUGCGCGAGAAGGGAAGGAGGAGAUUUCGAAGGUAACAUUUGGAGAACUGAGGCGUGAUGUGGCGUUGUUUGCUGCAGCCAUGAGGAAGAUGGGCAUCCAGACUGGAGACAGGGUUGUCGGCUACUUACCCAAUGGUGUUCAUGCAGUGGAAGCCAUGUUAGCAGCUGCCAGCAUCGGAGCCAUUUGGAGCUCCACAUCUGUCGAUUUCGGAGUUAAUGGUGUCCUUGACAGAUUUUCUCAGAUCCAGCCCAAACUGAUCUUCUCAGUUGCUGCUGUGGUUUACAACGGUAAAACCCACGACCACAUGGAAAAACUGGUUAAUGUUGUGAAAGGUCUUCCUGACUUGAAUAAAGUCGUUGUGAUUCCCUACGUUCGCUCCAAACAGGAGAUCGACCUCUCCAAGAUUCCCAACAGUGUAUUCAUCGAUGAUUUCUUGGCAUCUGGACGCGGCGAGGCUGAUCAGUUUCCUCAGCUGGAGUUUGAGCAGCUUCCUUUCAGUCAUCCUCUGUACAUCAUGUACUCAUCAGGAACCACAGGAGCUCCUAAAUGUAUGGUCCACUCAGCCGGGGGCACUCUCAUCCAGCACCUGAAAGAACACAUCCUCCAUGGCAAUAUGACCACCAGCGAUGUUAUUAUUUACUACACCACGACUGGCUGGAUGAUGUGGAACUGGCUGGUGUCCUCCUUGGCAGUGGGGGCCUCGGUGGUUUUAUACGAUGGUUCACCAUUAAUGCCAACGCCCAACGUACUGUGGGACCUGACAGACCAGCUGGGUAUCACCAUCUUUGGCACUGGGGCUAAGUGGCUGUCUGUGCUGCAGGAGAGGAACCUCAAACCCUUGGAAACUCACAACCUCCAGUCUCUCCACACCAUCCUGUCCACAGGAUCUCCCCUCAAACCUCAGAGCUAUGAUUACGUCUACCGCUGCAUCAAGAGCAACGUGCUGCUGGGCUCCAUCUCAGGUGGCACUGACAUUGUGUCAUGUUUCAUGGGUCAGAACCCAACAGUUCCAGUGUAUCGGGGAGAAAUCCAAUCAAGGAAUCUUGGUAUGGCUGUAGAAGCCUGGAGCCUUGACGGUAAGCCUGUUUGGGAAGAGAGUGGAGAACUUGUCUGCCUGAAGCCGAUCCCCUGUCAACCGACUCAUUUCUGGAAUGACGAGAACGGGAGCAAAUAUCAUAAAGCCUACUUUUCUACGUUUCCUGGGGUGUGGGCUCACGGAGAUUACUGUAAAAUCAACUCGAAGACAGGAGGCAUCAUCAUGCUAGGCAGAAGCGAUGGUACGCUGAACCCUAACGGAGUCCGUUUUGGGAGCUCUGAGAUCUACAACAUAGUGGAGGCUUUCGAGGAAGUGUCAGACAGUCUUUGUGUCCCCCAGUACAACGCAGACGGAGAAGAGCGAGUGAUUUUGUUCCUAAAGAUGGCACCCGGGAAGCUCUUCUGUCCAGAGUUGGUGACAAAGAUUAAAGGAGCCAUCAGAAAAGCUUUGUCUGCCCGACACACCCCUGCCUUGCUGCUGGAAACCAAAGACAUUCCUUACACCAUCAGUGGUAAGAAGGUGGAGGUGGCCGUGAAGCAGGUUCUUGCCGGGCGUGAAGUGGCACAAAGAGGAGCGUUCUCCAACCCGGCCUCACUGGACCUCUACAAGAACAUUCCAGAGCUGCAAAACUAUUAGAGAUGAAACUGGACAGAGUGAGCGGGAAGAUCUGCAAAUCACAACCUUCUAGAGUCGUUUCCAACAUAAUUAAAGCUAGUUUACAGAAUAGGGCAAACUGCAGAAUAUGGAGACAUUUUGAGGUUUAUGUUCCUGGGGAGGGAAAAAAGAAAAAUAUUUAUGUUUUAUUAAAUGAUGGAAUGAGGCAGGGGAAAAACUUUAAAAAUAAAAAAAGCAUGAGGCACACUAGUCCAUAGGCUUGCCUUUUAARAACACCAUUAUGCAGCUCUUAGUCAGCCGUGUUGUAAUGUAAAACUACAUUAAGCUUUAGGUGGGGUAUGAUGUUCACAACAGCGUUUGGGAAUAAGUUUAUGCUCUAAAACUAGCAAAGAAAAAAGUUAAGCGAAGCAUUGAGCGCUUUGCUUCACGUUCUCAAUUUAAUUCUUAUCAUCUAUUGGAGAAUCGUUAUCUUUCUGCGUCAUCUGCUUCUAACCCCAAAGCCAGUUCUGUGCGGAGAUCAGAAUAUAAUCUGUGGAGAUGUGGAGAUAAAUACACACAGAGUGUGCAGGAUUAACACCUGAGCUUGGCUCAUGUCACCAUAUCAUUAUUAUAUGGUGUUUUGUUAGUGUAUGUAUGUGUGUCUGAAUGAAUAUAUAUAUAGUAUACAUAAGAUAUGARGAUUGAUGUAUAUUUUUAAACCAUGAAUUUGAAUUUAUAAUUGUGUGUUUAAAGAUAGUUACCCAAACUCAACCAAAGUGACUUUAGGAUUUUAGAGGAAUCGAACACAGAAGCUGAAGUUUGCUCGACUGAACUAGAAAUUCACCUUUUAAAGAACUCGUCUAACAGAACUAUUUUCUUUCCAAAUUUGUAGUGAAACUUAGCCUUUUUCCAAUGGAGACCAACACUACUGACUAAUGUUGAAGGGAAGCGUUCAUCCUUCAGACUGGAUGUUAUUUAUUAAGCCAUCGCACCGUUUAGCUGAGUUAAAGAUUGAUCUGACAGAACAYGAAUGUUCACUUCAUCACAAAAGACUGUAUUUGUCAGCUGUAUUCCAUGUGUGUUCGUACUUUUAAAACAAUGUAUUACCUUAUCUACAGGCUGUUUUUACACGGGAAAAAAGAACUAUUUAUGCAUAAAAAAAGCUUUAUGUGUGAGGUACAACCUUGAGGAAUAGAACGGUCAACUUUAUUGGUCAGAAUGAACUGUUGAGAAAUCACAUGUACAAAUGUCAGAGAUGCACAAGCAUCAAACAUCAGAAAAAAAAGUUAAAUGCUUAAAACAAAACAUUAAUCACAUGUUAUCCGAAACCUAAACUUUUCUGAAGUCCAGCCAUAUUUGCUUCUUAAAUUAGACUAACAUUUAAAAAAGUUUUUCAUUGUAAUGUGAAGUGACUUCAACUAGCACRAUAAAAACAAUGUUUUUAAGACUGGAUCCUCUGGUUGAUGAUGUGCAUUAUAGGGUCAUAAAACAUUAUUUGUUUGAAAAUAAAUACAUUAAAAGCUCUGAAAGGUACAUGUAAUUUCUCAAAGCCRAAUUGAUUUAUUAACAAAAGAAACAAAAAGACUGGGAUUAUGUUUGGUCAACUUUGCACUUUAGGACAGUAUUUAUGGUGAAACAUGUUGAAUCUACUGCUCUAUGUGUUUAUGUAUGUUUUUUUAAUUUGAAUUAAAGUGUCUUAUACUAAGUCAAAAGUUUAAAAUAA